AUGAAUAAAAAAGAAAUCAGAAAACUUAAUGUUCAUGUAGAUAAAGAAGUACUAAAUUUAACUGGUGGAAUCUAUCCUGUAGGUCUCAUUACUUAAUAAAAAACACUCAAUCAUUAAAAAUGGGCUUAAGAAGAAAUAUUAUUAAAUAAUUUACUAAUCAAAAGAAUUAAUGCUUGGGUACCUGAAUAAGAAAAAGGUAAACUAUUUCCAGGUGAAAAGUUUAAUAUUGAACCUGAAAUAAUUGAAUUUACAGAAAAUGAUAUUAUGGUUGAUGAAAAUUGGGAUUAUGAAGAAACAAAAUAUUUAUUUUAAGAAUUAAGGCAUUUUAAUUAUAACUUUAUCAUUCUACAUGAUAGAUAUCAAUAUCCCAAUAAGAAUAGGGAUAUCUAUUAAUUAAAAGAUAGAUAUUAUAGUGUUAUGAGGGAAAUCUUAUAAAAAAGGAAUCAUUCAUCACAUCAAUUAUAUAAUUAUGUUUAUGAUGAAGAAUAUGAUAGAUUUAGAAAUAUGGAAAUGGAUAAAUAUUUAAAAAGAACAAAACUCAUUUGCGAUAACGAAAAAAAAAUAUAAGAAGAUCUUAGAAAAUUAGACUUAUAAAUCAAAAAAUAAGAAAAAGAACAUCGUACUAUUACUAGAUGUAUAGGUAGUGCUUAAGAAACAGAUGUAAUUUUUUAUAAUAUACAUAUAUAUAGGAAAUAGAUGAAACUAGAUUAUAAAUUAUUUUGGAAGUUGGAAACAAAAAUGAAGAUAUCAAAAAUAAAACACAAUAACAUAUUGUCUUUUUGAGAAAUAAAUGGAUUAAUGAAGCUCUACCUAUCCCUAGUUCAAUUAAUGAUAAAUUAGAUAAAUAAUUAAAAGAAAUCAUUCCUUAAUCUAAAUUAGUCUUAAAUCAAGAAUUAGAAGCCUUAUACUCUCAACUUAGAAAAUUUUAUUUAGAAGUCUUAAUUAAAUAAAGAUUAUAAAACAAAAAAGAAGCUGAUAAAAAGUUAUUAGAAGAUAAAAUUAAAAAACUUAAACUAUAAUUUGAUUCUUAAAUUACCAACGAUAUUAAAUAAAAAAAAUGA